UUACCCGGACAAGAAGACGCUGUGUCGUCACUUCCGGUAGUUGCUUUUCAACAUGGAGUCGACAGGUUUGAAGAUGAGUUUCUGGGAGAACGGACCAAAGCCGGGCCAGUUUUACUCGUUCCCCGGCGGGACCGGGACCGGCACCGGCACCGGGACAUCAUGCGGACCGGUCCGACACACACUGCCCCUGAUGAGGGAGGUGGUGGAGAACAAGGUGGAGAUCACCAAGCAGGAGGCCCGGGAGCUGGUGGAGCGCUGCCUCAAGGUUCUGUACUACAGAGACGCUCGCUCCUACAACCGGCACGAGAUCGCCAUAGUAACAGAAGAGGGCGUGGAGAUCAUCGGUCCUCUGUCCUCAGAGACCAACUGGGACAUCGCUCACAUGGUCAGCGGGUUUGAAUGAAGACGAGCUGCGUCCACAACAACUGCAACUUAUCUCACAGUGUAGUUUUUUCUCAUGUUCAAUGCAACUUUUGUAUGAUGGAAAAUAAAUGUAUUAAAU